AUGCCCUCAAUGAAGCUUUUGCGUGCCUCAGGGGUUUUAACAGGCAGCGACAUGUUCCCGGAUGACCUUCACCUGACCCUGGAAGUGAAUGGUGAAAGCCUGUCAGUCUUGGGGUCGAGCAGGGCGCCAGGGCUCAAAGGGGGUUUCCGGAAAGUGUAUCACCUUCGGGGUGAAGGGCCAGCUGCAAGCCUUGUUGUGAAGCUCGCUGAAAACGAUGCUGACAAUGUGAAUGAGGUUAAGAGUGCUGCUGCGUGUCCGGCAGCCUUUACCUGCAUCUUCGGCAGUGGCUCCAUUUGGGUGUCCCUUGGAGCAGACGGUUUGUGCCGGGCUCAUUAUGUCAUUACGGAACGCGUGGUUCCGUUGACUGCUUUGUUGGAUGGCCCAACUCUGCCCCCCACGGCGUGCACCUCUUUGGCCCUUCAAUGUUGCCGGGUUGUGUUCCGGGCAACUCUUGCAGGUAUCAAGUGUAGGGACCUUGGGCAGAAGCAGUGGGGCCUCAAGGUCCCGCCAAACUUCAAAUUCCAGGACGAGAUCUCCCUGCAACAAGUGCGCGAAGGCUUAACAGGUGAAGCGUUUCACCUCGUCAUCCUUGACGCCAAUUGUUGCCUUCCAGUGCCCCAGGCGAGCCUCUUGGGGCCACGCAAAAUGACCUCAUUUUGGGCCCUUCAAACAAGGUUGGUGGGUGCACCCGCUAGCGAGCGGCUCCAAGCGUUUAUCCGCGCUCAUAAUUUCAAUGCCCGCAGUUGUCUUUCCGCUUUGACGCGUGAUCACGUUACGGGGCUUUGUUCUUGA